AAUCGAUGAUAACGAUAUUUUAUUUAGUUUCGAUUUAUAUUUUUCUUAUCGAUAGACCUAGCUUUCCUCCAUGUUAUGUUUGAUAGUAAAGUUGCAAUUUAUAAAAAAGUUAUAAGUCAUGUCAUGCGAAGAAUAGGAAUUGAUGUAUUUUUGCAUCCUUGACUUGAAGUGUUCUUAAAAUGGAAAAUUUUUAUCCUGGGCAUCCAUUUGCAAGAUUGCCACAACCAGACAUGUAUAAUUUUAGAAGAAAUGAUACAGCAGAUUAUUACAACAAUCUUCAUGUUAUACCGACUAAUGUACCACCACCUGUACACAUACCAUAUUUUCCACCACCUGUGCUACCAGACAUACCUCUUUACCAACAGCAAACUUCACCUACCGAUAGCAGAAUUGUAAAAUUUAAAAGCAAAAAUAAGUCAAAUUAUCCUAAUCGUUCCAGACCUAGAAGUAAUUUAAUAGAAGUAAGAUCAACACCACAACCACCUGUUAAAGUUAGAACUGCUGAGGUAAGGCCACCUCCUCAACAGCCUGUCAAAAUUAGAUCUAUUGAACCAAAACCGACUGCUCAAGCAUUUGUCAAUGUCCCAAUUAUUGAAUCUAGCUCCUCACACAAUGUUACGGAAACUAAAGUUUCAAGAUCAUCGGAAGUAGAAUCUAAAUCUCCUUAUAAAUCACAUUCCUAUGCAAAUGAAAGAUAUUCAAGUUUAAGAUCUGCCUCAAAACCUGUAAGUUCCUCUAGCACUUAUUUAGACUUUUCCAGAAAAUCAUUUAAGUCAUCAAGAGAUUUUACACCCAGAGAUCAUGUUAGAGAGCAUUAUGAUAAGUAUUAUCAUGAUAAACAUAGAAAGAAUGACAAUGAUAAAUAUAAAAAGAGAAUCUGGGAACGUGAAAAGUACACACAAUCUAAGAAAUAUUUGAAUGAUAAGAAUAAACCUGUUGCUAAGAAACAGCCCCAACCUGAUGAAGCUUUCGAAGAUGUCUCAGACUCGGCAUUAGAUGAUGAUUUUGAGGAGGUUGAGGUUGUAUCUGGGGUUGAAAUGAAAGAGAAAGUACUGCCGAUUGGUUUUCGUAAGUGCAAGGUCAGUUAUUUAAGUACUAAAAGAAACUUAUUUUACAAACCUAGAAUUUACUCUAUUUGUCCAGAAAGAACUGUCAUUGACUAUUGGAAUUACGAUGAAGAAGAAAUUAUAGAUAAAGAAGAUGAUGUUAUAGUUACUGAGGAGGUUUAUGAAAUGGAAAGUGAAGAGCUCACAGAAGAGAAAAUGGAUUUGGAAUCUGUUGAAAUUAAAAAAGAGGUGAAAAUAGAGGAAGAUCAAAAAGCAAUGUUAGAAUCUGUAGAAACUGGAAAAGACAAGAAAAAAGAGAAAAAUCAAGAAACAAUAAUUAUUUCAUCUAAAACAGAUCCACCAAGAAAUACAUCGAACACAGACCUGAAAAAACAGGACUUGGAUGAUGACUCAGCUAUGUCUAGGUCUUAUCGUAUCUGUCUACCAGAUAUUUCUGAAUUUUUUCAAGGAGAAGCCAUUAUUCAACCUGAUUUAGAUGCCUGGAAAUCUCAUCUCAUCGGUUUGAGUUAUAUAAUUGAAAUCAGAGAUAAAACAGAUGAUACAAAUAUUCUUCGGCAUCAUUGUAUACUCUGCUCUGACGAUAUCCAUGCAGAAAAUGACAGUGGAGAAAUGGUGAUCGAUCAUAUUUCAUCUUAUAAACAUAUGUUCAAGUAUUUGGAGAAACAUUUUCAGUCUUGUGGUUUUAAGUUUACCGAAAGAAUAGAAGAAAGUUAUAAUUAUCGAACCGUACUUCAUAAGUGCUGUGAAGAUAUAUGCAAUAAACUUGGAUAUGAUUAUAUGUGCAUUACAGACGAUGGUUAUUUUGAAGAAAAUAUAAAGGCUGUUUUGAAAAUGGUUAACAAUAUACCUCACAGGUGUGAAAAAGAUAUUGAAAUUGAUGCAUCAAGUUAUGAAAAGGAUGUUGAGUGUGAUACAUCAACAGUGACCUCUCAGCUUACCGAUGUGUUAAAAGAUGUUACAAGAAUAAAAGUUGAAUCAAUAUCAGACCAAAAAACAAAUAAAGAAAGUGAUGAUUUGAAAAAAGUGGACUCAUUGAAAAAAGAAAUUGAUUCAUCAUCAAAACAAAAAACUGGUGAUAAAAGUGAUGAUAAAUGUAAUUUAAAAAAGAUUCCAGGAAAGGAAGCUAAAUCACCAACUAAGCAAAAAUCAAAUGAUAAAAGUAAUGUCAGCCUAGAAAUAAAAAAUGAACCAAAAAUAAAAGUGGAAUCACCAACAAAUUUGAAAAUAAAUGACAAAAAAAAGGAUACUUUAAAAAUGAAUAUGUCUGAAACGCGAGUUGAAUCUUUGUCAAAAGAGGAAGCAAAUAGAAGUAAUGACCUGAAAAAGAAAUGUGUUAGUUCUGACAGUAAUGAAAAUGAAAAGUCAAAUGAUGAAAAAAAAGCUUUGGAUAAAACCAAAAAGCAAGGUGUAACAGCUUUCUCGGCUAGCAAAAUAGCACCAUUUUCACUUUUUAGUUUUGGGGCUAACAAAAAAGGAAAGAAUUCUAGUCAAAAAAAGAACAAAUCAAAACCUAAAGCUAAAGUGCCCAAAUCUGGAGAUCAUCAGGACGAUGAUGAUGGCAUUGAGAUCAUUUUUGAAAGUAAUCCCAAACCAGCAAGUGGGCAAGGUUCUGCCACUGGGGGGAAAAAGAGUUCAUUGGAUAAAAUUCCUCCAAAAGCUUCAAAUUCAAAUGUGAAAACACAAGAGAAUCAGCCUGCUGCUAAAAAGAUAGAAAGUAAAGAUCUUGGAAAAAAAAUAAAGAUUGAAGAUGUGUCUAGUAGUAAAGAAAAUUCUGUUGCGCUUCCCAAAAAUCAAAGUGAUACACAGUUAAGAGACAAAAUAUGUGAUAGCGAAAAACAAAAGAACGACUUGGCUCUGAAUGAAUCUAAAAAACUUGAUACUAAAAUAAAGGCAGAGGUUUCUCCCAUAAAACAGAAAUCUACUCUUUUUACAGAAGGGCAAAAAAUUCCAGUUCUUGAAGAACCAGUACUUACACCAUUCAAAAGAAAAAAUGCACAAAAUAAAAAUGUUAGGUCUCAGACAAAUAUAUCCAAUCUUAAAGUUUUGAAGGAAGCAGAGGCAGUUGCUGUCACUAUACAAACUUCACCUAGAGUAGCAGAAAAUGUAAGUAAUAAUUUUAGUGUAACAGAAUUUGGUGAGUCCAAUAAAAUGUCUGAAAGUGUGCUGAUUAAUGAAUCAAAAAGCAGCUUAACAUCUAGUGAAAUAAAAGAAAAUGCAAUUCAAACUUCCAUCUUUGCAACUGAGAAUGAAGAUACCAAUAUAAGUGAAGCAGCGUAUGAUGAGCUAACAGAUCAAGAUGUUAGUCAACAGUCUGACUGUAAUGUUGCUCUUGAUGAUUCCCAAUCUUCAAAAAACGAUAAUGAUAAAUCUGCGGCUGAACAAAAAUCUCCAGCUAAAAAAAAGUGUUGUCAGCAUAAACAUCAACAUCAUCAUAAAACUGUGCACUCUAAAUAUUGUAUAAAACGAAUUAUUAGUCGCUCAAAAAUAUCUAAAGAAGCGUCUGAAAGUAGUAUAGAUAAGGAGCUUAUUUCUUCAAAAGAUUUAGCUGAAAUAUCAACUAGUGAUGACUCAAAACAAAUGGUAACUCAGAAAUCUGCUGAUGUUGCUGAUUCUAAAAGUAAAAUCCGUACAUCAAAAUCUCCAGAAAGGAAAUUUACUCGAAUUUCUUCUGAAAGAAGGUCACGUAGUCCAACAAACCGCUACAAAAGUCCUCUCAGAAUAUAUUCUCCUAUUUCAGUUUCUCGCUAUGCGAAAAGUCACGGUAGGAGCCGUUCAAUAUCCCCUCGAAAGCGUUCUCGAAGUCCGAUUAGAAGACGUUCAAAGAGUCCUUUAAGGAGAUAUUCCAGAAGCCCUAUAAGAAGAUAUUCCAGAAGUCCAAUAAGGAGACAGUCGAGGAGCCCAAUAAGACGGCAAAACAGAAGUCCCAUAAGGAGAAGAUCUAGAAGUCCUUUCAGAAAACAAUCAAGGAGCCCAAUUAGAAGACGUUCUCGUAGUCCUUUUAGAAGGCAAGUGAGAAGUCCCAUUCGAAAACGGUCCAUAAGUCCAUUUAGAAAACGUUCAAGAAGUCCUUUUAGUAAAUUUUCUAGAAGUCCUUUAAGAAAACAUUCAAGAAGCCCUUUACGUCUGAGCUCCAGAAGGCAAUCAAGAAGUCCUAUUCGUAGAUUCAGCCCUGUAAGACGAUCUGUAUAUUCUCCUAAAAGGGCUCGCUCGAGAAGCAUGGACAGGAUCCAAGCAAUUCAUAACCCUCAAGAUCGUAACCUUCCAAGAAAGCGAUCUAGAAGUUCAAGUCCAUCACGUAAAUUACCUCGCCGAUAUGACCUCACUAAGAAUGUUUCUCCUGAUCCAUAUACAAGAACUUCUUCAAAACAUCAUGGUCACAAAAAUUCUGAAACUAGUAGAUCAGCUGAUUUAGAUCCAGUUAGUGAUGAAGAUGAAUCUAUUUAUUUUAAUACUUCUGAAAAGCCACAACAUAUUGAAGAAAUUAUGAAAUUACCUGAACCUACUCGCUCAGUUAUAUCAGAAAUGUUUAAAAAGUUUUUAUCUACAUCGAAUGUCAAUCCAAAAGAUUCGUCAUUAUUAAAAUUCAUGCAAUUUAUGAAUGCACAUAGUGGUCAGGUGCAAGAAAUCAUGAGUUCUCCUGGUACUUCAACUUUCAACAAUCCAAUUUCUCAGAAAAAAAAUAUUAUACCUCAUUUAGGAUCAGCUCUUCGACCUCAGUUACCACCAAAUUUAUCAGGCAAUCAACAGUAUAAUGCCAUCAUUUCAAAUCCUCAAAACCCUUUGCUAGCACAAAAUAUACUUUCUCAAUCUGUUUCACCUUUUAUCCAACCCCAGAUAUUUCCUGGUGCUGUACCAAAUACACAUCCUAUGCUCAACCAAUUCCAACAAGGUAACUUAAAUGUUUUUCCUCCAAGUUCUAACCCCGUACCAAAUCAGAAUCCAUUUCAGCAACAGAAUCCUACUCUAUCCUCGCAAUAUGUUGCUCCUGGACUUAUGAUUCAAAAUUUGAAAAAUACUGUCCAUAAACUAUUUGGUAGCAAUGAAAACAAAUUUGUAGGAGAAUCCCAAACAAAAAAUAUUUUACCCAGAAAUAAUCUUCCCAGCCAAUUAAAUAGUGGUAUUUCAUCAAUGUCAGCUAUUUCAAAACCUCAACCUGGAAGUGGUAAUUGGAAUUUACUUCAUAAUAGUUCAAAAUCAAAUGUUGUCCCACAUGCAAAUACUUUUGCUGAGCCUGUUAAAAGUGCUUCAUUUCAAGAUAAGUUUGAUAACAAUUCCACUAUGGGUAGAGAUAGAUCCUUUCAGAGGAAUGAGCCAUUUGGCACAAAUAAUGUAAUAAAUCCUGGUAAUCAGCCAGGCAUACCAGUACCACCUCCUGAUGCUAGGGUAUCAUUUUGCAAUGUGCCCUCAUCCUCUUCUAAUAAAAAUUUGUUUCCUGUGGUGAGUAAUGCUAAUACAAUGCCUAAUUUUAAUUCUAAAACCACUCAAGCAAAUGUAUCUGACGUUAAAAAGUCCUUAGCCCAGCGUCUGGCUGCAGUUCUAGUGAAAGUGGGAAUGGUCGAUGUUCCUGCUCCUUUGUUGCAGGAAAUGUUGAUGAAGAUUGGAGCAUUCAGCUCAUGUCCCCCUCAAGAUAUCACAGAGGGAGAAAUAUUGAACAUUUUAAGAAGAUUAGGAUAUGUAUGAACAAUUGAAAAUAAUUUGGAACAUUUAACUUAGUGACUUUUUUACUGUAUUAGCAGUCCUUCAUGCAUCAAACAAGAUACUUGUACUUUAAUUUUAUCCACUAUUAUUUAUUGUUGUAAAAGUAACAAUUAGCAUUUUAAUUGUGUACAAUAUAACUUUUGUAAUUUACUGAUGUCACAAUGGAUAAUUUUAUAGAUAAAUGCUUCAGUACAUCAUUAUCUAUCCACUACAUGAAAAGUGAGUUCAUGUGUUUUUAUUUUAUUGUUGACUUUUGAGCCAACAUAUGUUAUGGAAAAGCAAACGUACUAUUUUCAAAUAAUUUUGUUUGUGGGACAUUCAAUUUAGCGACUAACUUUUAAGAUGUAUGAAAUUUUUCUUGUAUCAUCUAAGCUAAACAUGGAUGUUUAUAUUUAAUUUUAACUACUAUUAUUUAUUGUAAAAAUAUCUUAUAUUCUAAUUCUGUACAAUAGUACCUUUGUAAUUCGCUACUGUCAAAGUAGAAUGUUGCCACUACUUAAAACUUAAUUCAUUCAUUUUAUUAUUAAUUUUUUUUCUCCUUUUUUUUAGUGAGUAUUAAGCCUAUAUUAAGCAAAUGCUAUAAUAAUAGUUUAAAACUAUUUAGUAAGUCCUUAAAGGAAAAAACUUGGAUUUGUUCACAUUAUUACAUUUAAUUUAAUGUUAUUAAUAAUUGUGAUUAUUGUAGCAAUUUAUUUUAUUGAUUUAGAUUUUAUCCUGUUACAUUUUUCUAUUGAAUGCUUCAAUUUUGCACAACCUUACUUUCUAUACAGGGUGACAUAUUUAGUUGCUUGUUAACAAUAAUAAUGUAUUUGUUGUACAUAAUAUUUCACCCAAAGAAAAUUUUUCAUGUUUUUGUCUACGAAUAGUGUAUAUUUUUUAUUUUACAUUUUAAUCCUUACUUUUUUAUUAUUUGACAAACUUAAUAAACUAAAUGUGCCAGUGUUGCCAACUAAAAUAGAGGAGAGAGGGGCUAAGAUGUAAAUUGCAAUUCAACUUGUAAUUUAUUAUGCUAGUGUAAACCUUGAGGGCUAAUACAGUUUCAGUAGUAGCAUUUCCCUGAGAGAAAUGGCAGUAGAUUUUACAAUUUCUCACCAGGAAAUUCUUUCAAUCAUCUAAAAGUUUGGUUCUAUGAAGCAUUAAAAUGUGCUAAAGCACUUUCAACCAUUGAGUAAAAUGGGUACUAAAUAUUACAUUUAUGUGCUUAAAUAUUUUUUUAAAUAAUUUGUAUGACAGUUCAGACAAAGCUAAACCAUUUGUCUCUUACAAUUAAACACUUUUAGAUUUUUUUUUUUCUCAAGAAAUUAAGAGUUAAAAUUUUAAUUUUUCCCUCACAAAAUGUCACAAAACAUUUUAGAAAAUAAAAACUCAUGUACUAAUAUAUACACUCAAAGUGAAUUAACAAGAUAUACUUAAUAUAAGAUAAAAGACUUUGUUUAUUCUGUUGAUUCAUUUAAAUCUCAAUACGAUGCCAACUUACCCCCGAUACAAAUAAUAUAUGUUGGCAUAUCUGUAAUAGUUUGUUUUAAUAAGAAGUUUAAAAUUUUCAAAUCAUUACAGUUAUAUGUAUGUUUUACUUUUUCCCCCAUCAUUAAUUAUACUUGAUGUACAUAUUGUAUAAAAAUCAAGGGCUAAAAGCAUUGCCUGCUAGCCCCUUUUUCAAUUAUAGUAAUCUAAGAGCUAGACUAAGCGUACUUUAAUGAUGAUUAUAUUAUAUUUCAUCAACUCAAAAGAGUUAUUGAAGUGUCGUUUUUGUUGUCUAAUGGUAUACUUUGAACAAUAGCAUUA